AUGAUACACUACUAUACAUCAAAUUUACUGAUAAAUAUAUAUAUAUUUAUAUUUUUAUUAAUAUAUGGGAAGAACUUAAUUGAAGCAUAUGAAUAUCAUGGGAAUCGCGAUAAUGUGAUUAAAUCGGUAGAACCAUUGACUCACACUACGAUAUUAAAUGAGAAUUUUGAAAAUAGAAAUCACUUUGAACUGCCUAUAGAUCUCUUGGAUUCAACGUCAUUGCUAGAAGAUGAUGACUAUGAUAAUGAGGACGAUGCAGAUCAAGAGCAGGAUGAGGAUGGUCACGUAGAUGAUAAAUAUAUGAAAUUUUUAAAUCAGAAACUGAAAAGAAAUUUCGACGUGAAGACUGCAUCACCAUUAAAUCCAAACAUAGACACAAACACAAUCACAAAUGCAUAUGCAAAUAAAUAUAAAAAGCCAAGCAUGAUUAUACCUUAUAAUACAGAUAAUUCACUUUCAGAUUAUGAACUAAGUGAUAUUGUAUUGGUUUCAGAUUUGAAAGAUGGUUUAUAUGGCUUGAAUAGAUACACAGGAGAAAUAAUAUGGUCACUGAAUCAUGUGGAUAUAGAACAUUCGAUUUUAACAAUUACAGAUGACGAGAAUGAUAUGAUUAUAAAGGAUUCGACAGGUUCAAAGACAAAUGAAACUUUAAUCAUUGAACCAUUUGGUGAUGGUAAUAUUUACUUUUUUAAUGUUUUUCAAGGUGUAACAAAAUUACCCAUUUCAAUACAUCAAUUAAUAAUGUCAUCACCAAUGCAUUUAAAGACAAAUUUUAUUAUUGAUGAAAUAGGUACAGUUGUAGAAGAAGAAAAAACUUAUACAGGUUCCAGACAAACGUCGAUGUUUACAAUCGAUAUUAGAACAGGUACUAUUUUGUCUGCAUUCGGUUUUAGUACAGAAAAUAAAAAGUAUUAUGAUGAAUCAGACGAAACUAAUAUAAUUGAUCCAUCAAAUAUAAUUAAAAUCGGUAAAACAACUUAUCGUUUAGAGAUUCACUCAAAUGACUCGCCAUCAUACGAUGUUACAUACACGACAUGGCAAAGAAAUUCAUUAGAUUUACAUUUCGCAACUGGUAAUAAUUUUUCCAAAGAUGGUAUUUAUAUUUCACCAUUAAAAUCAACAACGUCAGAUGAUAACUCUGUAAUGGCAAUUGAUUUAAAUAAUAAUGAAAUUAAAUGGAUUUCAGAUAAAUUUUCAUCAGGUAUAAUUACAAAUAUAUUUGACGUUUUCCAAAAUAAAAUUACAGGUGAUAAUGUACUAGCACAACAUCCAGUACAUCAAUUUAAUGUAAAUUAUAAUGGCAAUAAUUCAAAAGAAUUAUACGAAAAGGUUUAUCUAGAUCAAUUAGAUAAUAAAUCAUGGAUUGCAUUAUCAGAAAUUAAUUUUCCAUCAUUUGUUAAUUCAGCAAAAUUAUCAAGAUAUCAACAAAAGGAAGAUAAGUUAGGUGAAAGUUAUACAUAUGAUUUAAAAUUAAAAUUUUUGAAAAAUAAAAAAUUAUUCAAAUCAACUAUUAUCGGUGUCCAUUAUUUAAAUAAAGAGAAAAAAAAUCAUUAUUACAAUUAUAAUUUAAAUGAAAAACAUAAUUUAAUUAUGCUACCAUAUGAUGAUAAAGAUUAUUUUACAUAUGGUGACGAGGAUUCGGGUUUCACUAAAACAGAAUACGUGCCUGUUGAUGAAAACGGUAAAAUACUUGACACUUUAGCAACAUCAAUAUUCAAAACAAACAUGUAUUCGAAUAGCUAUUACAAGAAUACAGAUAAUAAUGGACUAAAUAGUAAUAAUAAUAAAAAUUCACAAAAUAAUAAUGACAAUUCAAAUGAUGCAUUUAAUCCAGAAGAAAAUUAUAAAUUAUUUUCACCAGAAGAAUUACAGGCUUAUAGAUUAAAACUUCAUGAAGAAAUUGCAAGAGAAAUGAAUACAAACAAUAAAGAGUUUAUGCUUGAUAAUAACUCAUACAUUUCGAUAAUUAAAAACUUCGCAAAAAGGAUAUUAGAAACACUAACAGUGUUUAUUGUGACAACUGUAUUACUAAUAUUAUUACAUCGAUAUGAAAUUAUUAGACCAUCAGCAGAUUUAUUAAAAUCAAUAGGUGUGUUAAAGGAAACUGAGUUUUACAGAAGAGAUUCUUUUUAUGUUAAAAGAUUUAGUCAAAAUAUUCGCCGUUUAAGUUUUUUCGAUAAAAUUGGUACAGAAAAUAAAAGAGAAUCGGCAGAAACUUUAACUAUUAAUAAUAAAUUAAAAAAUAGUAACUCAAGUGCUUCCCCUGGUGGGAAAGAACCAACUACUAUUAAUUUUAAAAACAACGAUAUAUUUUCUGUAGAGACUCAACCUAUGGAUAGACAAAUAAGCACGUUUAGUGUCGCAUCUAACAUUGAUCCAAUUCAAGAAUUUGGUCAAGAUACAUCAAAUAAUGAUAUUGCAUAUAAUGACGAUUCGUUGACGAGAAUAGGAAAUACUACAAUGGAUACAUCAGUUGAUUCUGAUGCAUUUACGCUUGUAACAAAUGAAAAGAAGAAGAAAAAGAAAAAUAAGAAAAAUAAAAAGAAAGCGAAUACUAACACUAAUACAACUAAGACUACAAGUGAUGCUAAUGUUACAGCAACAACUGAUUCGAACAGCAAAUCAAAUGCAACUACGGUUGCAACUUCUUUGUUGAAAAAGGGUAACCAAGAUUACAACUUAUCAAGUAUGCCAUUAAUUAGAUCAAAUAGUCAAAACCCAAUUCCAAUUGAUGAUGACCAUGAUAAAAACUUGAAAAACUUAACAGUCUCUAAAGAAGUUUUAGGUUUUGGUUCAUUAGGAACAGUUGUUUAUAAAGGAAAAUUUGAAGGUAGACCGGUAGCAAUUAAGAGAAUGUUAAUCGAUUUCUGUGAUAUUGCAUCAACUGAAAUAGAUUUAUUAUCAGAGAGUGACGACCAUCCAAAUGUUAUUAGAUAUUAUUGUUCUGAAGAAACAGGUAGAUUCUUAUACAUUGCUUUAGAACUUUGUAACUCGAACUUGGAAGAUUUAGUUGAAAAAAGACGUCUGGUAGUGAAAAAAAUGUUAUUAGAAACUGCCGAUGUUUGGUCUAGAGAUUGGGAAUCUUUGACUAUUCUGAAUCAAAUAGCAUCUGGUGUUAACCAUUUACAUUUAUUAAAAAUCAUCCAUAGGGACAUUAAACCACAAAAUAUUUUAGUUGCAACAGCAAAGAAAUUCAUCGCAGGCCAAAUUUCCGCUGAUAAAUAUGACAAUUCGAAUAUUCGUAUUUUAAUAUCUGACUUUGGUUUAUGUAAAAAAUUAGAGAGCGAUAAAUCUUCAUUCCAAACUAAUGUAAACAAUGCUGCAGGUACCACUGGUUGGAGGGCUCCUGAACUUUUAGAUGUCUCGAAGAGAGCUUUAUUACAAACGAUUAAAGAAGUGUCAGAAAAUGAUAAAUCUGCUUCUCAAUUAUCAAAUUCUGAUGCUGUUCAUGAUGAUGGUAGUAAAAUGAGAUUGACUAGAGCUAUUGACAUUUUCUCAAUGGGUUGUGUAUUUUAUUACAUUUUAUCAAAUGGUGAACACCCAUUUGGUGACAGAUAUAUAAGAGAAGCUAAUAUCAUCAAAGGUUCAUUCAAUCUUUCUAAAAUUUCAGCUACUUUGACAGAUGAAUCGUUACAAUUGGAAGCUAAGGAUUUAAUUUCUCGUAUGAUUUCAAAUGAUCCGCUAAGUAGACCACCUGCAUUAGAUGUUUUAAAACAUCCCUUAUUUUGGUCAGUUUCGAAAAAGCUUCAGUUCUUAUUAAAAGUGAGUGAUCGUUUUGAAGGUGAAAGAAGAGAUCCACCAUCUGCACUAUUGCUUGAGUUAGAAGCAAAUGCAAAGUUUGUCAUCUUAAAUGGGAAUUGGACAACUACCCUUGACUCAGAAUUCAUUAGUAGUUUAGGUAAAUACAGAAAAUAUUCGGGCGCCUCAUUUUUGGAUUUAUUAAGAGCUUUCAGGAAUAAAUACCACCAUUACCAAGAUACCCCAGCAUCGAUUUCUAAAAAAAUAGGUAUUUUACCAGAUGGUUUUUAUUUCUAUUUCAUUGAAAAAUUUCCAAACUUAUUGUUAGAACUUUACAAACUUAUUGAAGAAAAUUUAAACGACGAUCCAAGUUUUAUAGAAUAUUUAUAA